GACCCGUUUCGUUCUUUUUCUCUGUUGUGCAUCUCUCGCGCAUGCAGACGGGCAUUAACACUGCAGCUUCUGGAUACCUAUCUCAUCUUUACAUCUGGUUCUUUUGUAAUUAUUGUUAUCCCUUUGUUCACGCCGAGAAUGUGUGUAUUUUAUUUCCCAACCUCCUCAAUCUCUGGUUGGUUUCAACAUUAUGGUAUGAAGCCUUGAUUUUCGUCUCACGCAGUCGCUAGAAGUGUGUCCCGUCCUGGUGGCCUAAAAUGUUUUAUAUGAUAUAGCAUUCACCUUUCUUCGUUGCUCGCUCUUGAUUGUUUUGGACGCCAACGGACACGGAAACAGUUGAUAUCGAUAUUGUAUGGAGAUGACACGGAGAUCACCUUGCAGACAUGCG